AUGGUGGCCGGCGCCCAGAAGCGGGUGCGGGGCAACCACCGGGGGAUGGCCAAGGCCCAGCCAGCUCCCUACCCCAGCUUUAAGCUUCAGCCUCCCCUCCUCACAACAGAGGCCCAGCCAGCUCCUUACCCCAGCUUUAAGCUUCAGCCUCCCCUCCUCACAACAGAGGCCCAGCCAGCUCCCUACCCCAGCUUUAAGCCUCAGCCUCCCCUCCUCACAACAGAGGCCAAGCCAGCUCCCUACCCCAGCUUUAAGCUUCAGCCUCCCCUCCUCACAACAGAGGCCCAGCCAGCUCCCUACCCCAGCUUUAAGCUUCAGCCUCCCCUCCUCACCACAGAGGCCCAGCCAGCUCCCUACCCCAGCUUUAAGCUUCAGCCUCCCCUCCUCACAACAGAGGCCCAGCCAGCUCCCUACCCCAGCUUUAAGCCUCAGCCUCCCCUCCUCACAACAGAGGCCCAGCCAGCUCCCUACCCCAGCUUUAAGCCUCAGCCUCCCCUCCUCAAAACAGAGGCCCAGCCAGCUCCCUACCCCAGCUUUAAGCCUCAGCCUCCCCUCCUCACAACAGAGGCCCAGCCAGCUCCCUACCCCAGCUUUAAGUCUCAGCCUCCCCUCCUCACAACCAAGGCCCAGCCAGCUCCCUACCCCAGCUUUAAGCCUCAGCCUCCCCUCCUCACAACAGAGGCCCAGCCAGCUCCCUACCCCAGCUUUAAGCCUCAGCCUCCCCUCCUCACAACAGAGGCCCAGCCAGCUCCCUACCCCAGCUUUAAGCCUCAGCCUCCCCUCCUCACAACAGAGGCCCAGCCAGCUCCCUACCCCAGCUUUAAGCCUCAGCCUCCCCUCCUCACAACAGAGGCCCAGCCAGCUCCCUACCCCAGCUUUAAGCUUCAGCCUCCCCUCCUCACAACAGAGGCCCAGCCAGCUCCCUACCCCAGCUUUAAGCCUCAGCCUCCCCUCCUCACAACAGAGGCCCAGCCAGCUCCCUACCCCACCUGUAAGCCUCAGCCUCAGACUAGUAGCACUGACUAG